AUGGUUAUGGCACCUGGACCUGCUUUUGCAAUGAUCGCAUUCGAAUGCAAUGAUAUCUCCGCCUAUUACAUGCAACGUCUGAAAUGUUUCAAUUCACGUGUUUUUUUUACAUGUGCCAUGUGUGUGUGUGUGGAAAAGUUGUUAGCCAAUUUGGACGACACUCAGAGUGAGAAGAAUUUUGCAGAAGAAGAAGAAAAUGCAGUCAUCCUCUACAUCAUUGUCAUCACUAUCAGCGUCAACACGACCAUCGUAAUCAUCAUCAUCUUCACAUCGUCGUUGUCAUCCUGUCAUGUGAUCUCUGCGUGA